AAGCAGAAAGGAAGGAGAGAAACAAGGAAACGGAAAACAAGUCCUCGGCCAAAGUUGUUACGCGGACCCGAAUUCAAACCCCUUUUAUACGUUGCCGCUAGCCGACCGACCGACCUCUCCUCCUCCAGCUCCACAAAUUCCUUCCUUCCUUGCCUCCGGCGCCUGCCAUACCCACCCAUCACUUCCUAUCUUCCUCUAUGCCCAAGGAAAGUAUGGCUGGCGCCUCCUUUAAACCCUUUCUGACUGAUUGAUCCCGUAUAAAAUACUUGCCUUCCUCCGUGCGCGUUGCUGCCAUGGAAAGGGGCGACAUCACAAGCAGAGGCGGCCUUGUCUGAGACAGAGACGGAGAGACACCGAGAGAGAGGGGUUUGGAUCGGGCGACGGAUGGGAGAGGGAGGCCACGUCUCGCGAGGAGGACAUUAAUGGCGAGAGAGACCCAAGGCAGGUGUUAGUUUGGAGCAAGUGCUGCCGUCUCUGUUAGUCUCUCGGCUUCCACGAGUUCUCGGUGUGGCGAGAAGACGAGCAGGAGGAUAUGCUUGCAAGGGAGGCCGCGUCUGGAAGAUAAGUUUCCGAUUGGGGCAAACCCAAGGCGUUGAAAAUAUGGCGAGGAAAUCAGUUUUCUCCAGAAAUUAGGCAAAGGCAAGAAACUGACACGCACAGGCUGAAGAUGAGAUAUCUGUGCUGCACAUUCUCGUGACUAGACCAGAAAUUAGGCCGAGGAGGAAGAAGAAGCUGACAUGCCUAGCCGGACUAGAAGCCUGACAUGACAUGGAAAGCACUCACUCACUGACAGGUUGAUCUGCGGAUUGUCACAGCACAUGCAGAAAUCUAGUCGGGUUCUAUCUUCUUCGGAUCCAUUGCUUUUGCUUGCUGACAUGGAACCGAGGAGGCUUGGGCGGUUAGUGUUUCUGCUCUGCUGCUGUGCGGCCGUCACAUGCAGUCUGCACGCGGGAGCUCAGGCACAAACCACUCUACGACAACAAUCCGAAGGCUCACCCCACAAUGGAGCAGUGGGUAGGGUAUUGUCGGAGACGGCGAAUCGAUCGCAUAGCGACCUUUCGAGAAGAACGAGAAGAAUCGAUCCUCUUGAUGGCUUGAGGAAGUAUGAGGGAGGGUUCAAUAUCACAAACAAGCAUUACUGGAGUUCGACCGUAUUUACAGGUAGAUCUGGAUACAUCAUUGGUGCAUUAUGGCUUAUUGGUGGUGUCAUUUUUGCCGGCUUCCUUCUUGCCUCAAAGAUUUUCUUCACCAAAAGUAACGAAAGAGAAAGAGACGGUGUCAUCGAUGAUUUUCUUGACAGAUGCCAUCUUGUGUCUGUCAUGCUUAUCAUUCUUCUUGCAGUUUUUGCCAUAGUUGCAUCGGCGAUCGCGCUUCAGGGCGCUGUACUAUUUCAUUCUAGAGCAGAGUCCAUCAAAGAUAUCGUCGGGAGAACAGCGCUUGAAGCGACUGCGACGAUUUAUAACAUUACAGGAGCCAUUGAGAGGAUGCAGAACACGUCGAGGCUAUACAACAUUAGUAGCCAAUCCUUUGAUCAUCUGAACUCCACGGUAAAGGCACUGAACUCUGAAGCCGUGGAAAUUCAGGCGAAGGCCGAAAAGAACAUGCGCUUGGUCAGCAAAGGCAUCAACACAUUAGAACUUGUCAUCAUUUUAACCGUGACGCUGAAUCUUGUCUUGGUCCUUGUCUUGCUAGUGGGAAGACCUCUGAGGCUACAGAAGUUGUACCAUAUGUGCAUAGCCUUGUGCUGGGUACUGACAGUCCUCUUCUGGAUGUACUUCGGGCUGUACUACUUCCUCGACAAGUUCGCCGGCGUCACGUGCGCGGCCCUCGAGGAGUACCAGCUGAACCCCAAGAACAGCACGCUGGGCGCCAUCAUACCCUGCAGCGAGAAGAUGUCCGGCAGCGUCAUCCUGCACGAUGUUGGUGCAGGCAUACACGACAUCAUAGACCAGGUGAAUUCGAACAUUUACACCAUCAAGUCGGAGUACCCCGUGAAGCAGCUGGGCUAUAUCUGCAACCCGUUCGCCGGGCCGCCGGGGUACCGGUACCGGCCGGAGAACUGCGCUUCCGGCGCCGCCACCAUUGGUGACAUCCCUCAGAUCCUGCGGAGGCUGACGUGCUCGGAGUUGAGCGGUGGCGCCAACUGCGCGCCGGCCGACCUCUCGUCGGCGAUCGACUACGACAAGGUGCAGACGUACACGAGCUCCAUCCAGAACGUGCUGGACAUCUUCCCGGGCACGGAGCGGCUGGUGAGCUGCGAGCUGGUGAAGGCCGGCUUCGCGGACAUCGUGGGCAACCAGUGCGCGCCGCUGCGGCGCGGCGCGCGGGCGACGUGGGCCGCGCUCGCCGCCCUGUCGACGGCCAUGGCACUGCUCGUGCUCGCCUCGGCGGCGUGCGGCGGCGUCGGAGGGUCGCGCCACGCCGGCGACGACCGCCACUCGGUGAGGCACCUCACGUCGUCGUCCAACUCGGAGGUGAUAGUUUGGGAGAGAGUAUACAGCCGGCGGGAGAGACUGAUCCCGGAGAGAUCAUCCAUCGCCGGCGCGCCAUUGACGUGAAAUGUUUGGUUUCUUUUCGUGCGUGGUCUGGAGAAUCCAGCCGUACACAUAUGCAGUCUUGGUAUAGGAGAGGAAAAGGAGAAAUUGGUGUAAUCCUGUAUAUGACCGGCAAAAAUUACACUGUUUGUAUAUAGAAUUUUUAAUCA